AUGGAGCUUCAUGUGUUUUUCCUCCUUUUGACUCUUCCCGUCGUGGCCCGGCUCUGCCUCACGAUCUAUCGCGCCUUGACCUCGCCGCUGGCAUCAGUCCCUGGGCCCUUUUUUGCGCGCUUCACCAACUUGUGGUUCAGUAUCGAUGACCCUUUCGCCGCCAGAAUCAUCUAUGCUCCCGGCCACGGCUUUCCAAAGUCUUCGUGGUAUGACACAUGGGGUGACCCGAACCCGCAUCAGUGGUCACUGUUCUCGGACCGAGACGAGAGGCGACACGCCGCGAACCGCCGCCUCUACCAGAACAUGUACAGCAUGUCUUCACAGGCCCACUACGAACGAUACGUCGACGAGUGCGCAGACCUGUUUGUCCAGAGGCUCACGGAGAUGUCCGGCAGACGCGGCGCCGCGGAGCCUGUCGACAUGGGCCAUUGGUUUCAAUGCUACGCCUUUGACGUGAUUGGGAUGAUCACCUACUCCAAGCGCCUGGGCUUUCUGGAUCGGGGCCAGGACGUGGGCGACAUCAUCAAGAAUCUCGAUAACCACCUCCGCUACGCUUCCAUAGUUGGAGUAUACUCGCAUCUCCAUCCGUACCUGGCCCCCAUCAGAAAUCGGCUCGGAAAGAAAGCCACGGGGAGAAAGUACAUUGUGGACAUCACCAAGCAAUACCUGGCGGAGCAUCAAUCCAAGCCAAAGGCGGUCGAUGUUGGAGAAGCGUCUGCCCCCUCGAAGCAGACCGGCACCCUGGAUCUUCUCUCCAAGUUCUUUGCGAAGCAUUCCGAGGAUCCCACAUCCUUCACACAGUACCAUGUCCUUGCCGGCUGCGUGUCAAACAUGGUUGCAGGCUCGGAUACCACAGCCGUCAGUCUCAGUGCGACACUGUACCAGCUUCUCCGCCAUCCCCGAGCCAUGGAGAAGUUGCAGAGCGAGGUUGAUCAGUUCUUCUCCCUGAGGGACAGCGAUUCAAAAGCCGUCACUUUACAGGAAAGCCUUCAGCUGCCAUACCUCCAGGCAGUCAUCAAAGAGUCGUUGAGACUGCAUCCAGCAACCGGCCUUCCUUUGGAGAGAGUCGUGCCGGAAGGGGGCGCAUCUAUAUGCGGAAAAUUCUUACCGGAAGGGACAAUCGUGGGCAUCAAUUCUUGGGUCGAGCAUCAUAGAACGUCCAUCUUUGGCGAUGAUGCAGCCGAAUUCAGACCCGAGCGGUGGCUGACUACCAAUUCCGAUCGUUUGUCGGCUAUGAACAGACACUGGAUGCCGUUUGGCUUGGGAUCGCGGACAUGCAUCGGAAGACACAUUUCUAUGCUGGAAAUGUGCAAACUGAUUCCUCGACUCGUCCAUGAGUUUGAUUUUGAGCUGAACCAGGGCUAUCCAUGGUUGAACAAGAACUGUUGGUUCGUGAAACCUGUCGGCUGGAAGAUCAAUGUGUGCAUUCGGUCACCCAGAGAGCCCUGA